AUGUCGUUGUGCUUGAGCUUCUUGCUGUUCCAUACCGCUCUCGCCAUCGCCGCGCCGGUACCUCUGCGGCAAGCGCGCGACGUCGACCCUUCUCAUAAUGAACUUGAGCAACCCAACAACACCCCAAGCGUCGAUCCCAAAAGUGCCAUCCCAUCGCUCUCCUCUUCGGCCUCGGACGACGCGAAGAACUCCCAGGCCAAGCAGGACGGCUCCAAGUCGCGGAAGAAUGAGAGCAUGGGCACCAACAGCUGGAGUGGUGGAACGACCUACAGUGGCAUGAAGAAGCUGCGCCGUCGUCGCGUGAGUGUUCGUGCUUUGCUUGGGGUCAAGCCUCCAGAUUCAUUAACGAAUUAG